UGAAGCUGUUCGAGAAAUACUUGAAUACUAAGCCGAUCUGACUGAUUCUAUGAAGUUAUUGACUGUUCUGUAUGCAAUGCUCUUCGCUACCUUUGCGGUAGCAGGGCCAGCACAAACCAAUGGUCAAGACGAGAACACAGUUGAGAAGAGACAGAGUUGGGCCCUCCUUAAACGUCUUGCCGUAACUGCCGGAUACUGCAGUAUCGCCAAACCCUUAUCCAGAAUGUCCGAAUCAUACUGUAUUGAUCCUUUGUGAGCAUGUCAUGGAUGAUUAGGUGAACAGGGUUCUUAAAACGCCUUGGUUUAGGUUUUCCCUAUUAAAUUAGGUUUCCC